UUAUCAAAUUUAAUCUUUAGCGGGACUUUAAAGUUUAUGUUUAUUUAAAUCAGAUGUUAUAUAAACGUAGAAAGUCACUAACUUAUAUCAAAACAAGUAACCGGACAUUUGUUGUAAUGCCAUACAUUUAAUAUGGACUAUAAACUAUUUAUCAUAUUGCAAAUAUGUUUUGUAUUUGCUGUAUUAUUGCCUUGGUUUGAUUGCAGAGUUUUAGACACAUAUACCAGUCAUCCAUGCCGGAGAUCAUGCAUUGCAAACAAAACAAUGACGUGUUCUUUUGACUUCACAUUGGAACUUUAUUUCACACUUUCAAAGGCGUGUUAUAAUUGUCCAAUCAACAAAACAGAUUGCUCCCGACCUCACUGUAUUGCGGCUGAUGGGGUCCCGCGCGGUGUUCUUGUAGUAAAUAGGAUGCUACCCGGACCAGGAAUACAUGUCUGCGAAGGUGACACAGUCAUUGUUAACGUUAUUAACGACUUAACUGGUGGUGAGGGAACCAGCAUUCACUGGCACGGGGUAUUACAGCAUGGGUCUCAGUACAUGGAUGGCGUUGGCAUGGUAACGCAGUGUCCAAUACCUGUAGCAACUUCAUUUCAAUACAAGUAG